AUGGACAGUGACACAGAGUCAUCGGAGUGUCCAUUAUGUUUGGAAGUACUUGAAGCCGAUGAUUUGACUUUUUUUCCAUGUACAUGUUGUUAUCAGAUUUGCCGUUUCUGUUGGCAUCGUAUUCGAACAGAUGAAAAUGGUUUAUGUCCAGCAUGUAGAAAACCAUACAGUGAAAAUCCAGCACAAUUUAAACCAUUAACGGAUGAAGAAAUUCAACAAGUAAAACGUGAUAGAAAAUUAAAAGAAUCAAAUAAAAAACCAAAAAUCACUGAAAGUCGAAAACACUUAGCAAAUCUUCGAGUCGUUCAACGUAAUCUUGUAUUUGUCAAUGGUCUUCCAUCACGUUUAGCUGAUACUGAAUUAUUAAGACGAAAUGAUCAUUUUGGUAAAUAUGGUAAAAUAGUUAAAUUAGUUACAUCACCAGCACAUAACGGUCAAUUAAAUUCUAUAUGUGUAUAUAUAACAUAUUCACGUUCCGAAGAAGCUUUACGUGCUAUACAAUCUUUAUGUAAUUAUCAUGUUGAUGGUCGUACAUUAAAAGCAACAUUAGGUACAACGAAAUAUUGUAGUCGAUAUUUAAAAGGUGCAUCAUGUCAAAAAGCUGAUUGUCUUUAUUUACAUGAGCCCGGAGAUCCAUUAGCAAGUUUUACUAAAGAACAAAUGCAACAAGGUCUUCAUCUUGAGUAUGAACGAAAACUUAUGGAACAGUAUGAGAGUAAGACAACAUCUAGUACACCAAAAAAUAGUCGAACAACGGUUAACGGACAUAAAAAUGAAUCAUCACAAAAACGUAAAGGACCCAUACCAUUAUUAACAACAGCAAAUAAUUCUAAUUCAGCAACAUCAAAUACAAUGAAUGGUCAUUCAGAUUUAGAAUCAGGAGAUGAAACAAAUAUACCUCAUACUACAACAAAUCAUCAUUCAUUAAAUGGAUAUAAUAAUGAUACAUUUACUAGUACCACUGCUAUUAAUGGUGAUACUCUAAAUGGUGAUUCUGAUAUAUCAUCAACAUCAUCUCAAACAUCAUCGGAACAUGAUCCAUCAUUACGUACACAUAUUCAAACAUAUAAUGUUUCACCAUCAAAAAAUUGGCCAGAUGAUUCGGGAAAUUUUUAUUCUUCAAAUACAAAUUUUGUAUCAUCAUCGAAUAAACCAUCGGUUUCCAGUACAUUAAAUUCACCAAAAGAUGUUCAAUCGAAUGAAUCUACAGUGAAAACAUAUGAUCAAUUACCAGAAUAUAAACUAUUUAGUUCAAAUGGUCCAUCUAUACAUUCAAUUUUAUUUGGUAAUAAUGAAACUAAUAAUAAUCAUCAUCAUCAUCAUCAACAACAAACUCAUCGACCAUUAAUAAAUGGAAUUGAUCAUGAUUUAAGAGAAAUCGAAAAGAGAUUAAUGGAAAAUGGUCUUGAUAAUACAUCUUAUACACAAAUUCAAGAAAAUGAUGAACUAGGUUUUGAUCCAUGUAGUUUAUUUAUGUCGGCACUUGCGUCUGAUAUAGAAGAUGAACGACGACCAUUACCAUCUCAAACAUCUGUGUCAUAUCGUCCAGUAUCAAAUUCAUAUGGAUUUUCAUCAUCUCAAUAUAUUGCUCCAACAAAUAAUUCAUCGAUAGGACCAGUUAAUCCAUCUUGGAUGAUGCAACAGCAACAGCAGCAGCAACAACAACAACAACAACAACAACAACAGCAAUAUCAUCACUAUCACGAACAACCAACAACACCACAAAAACAACAAAGAUAUCCACUUUCGUUUAAUGGUUCAUCAUCUCCUCGACAAAUGUGGAAUGGCAAUCAACAAUCACAAUCACAAUCACAACCACAAUAUGGGUCACAGAUGCCAACGCGUCUAGAUUUUUCAAAUCAAAUUCAACAACAACAACGGCUUCCACUCAGACAAUCAUCACCUUCACCACAAUAUUCUCAAGCAAUAAAUCAUACCUAUCCUUCUAAUAGUACAGUGACCACAAAUAAUUUACCAUCAAAUGAUCGAUGGCUAAAUGUACCUUGGACAGAUCCAGCUAUAAUAUCACUUGGAAAUAAACUUGAUCCAACACAAUCACAAUGGUCAACAACUACACAAUCCCAGGGAUCUUCAGCAUUAUCCUCAGGAAAUAAUCUCGUCACAAAUCCACGUUGGUCACAACAAUCCCAAUCACAUAUGUUUACAAAUGGAAUGUAUAUGCCAUAUACAACAACAUCAGGUAUCGAUGAUGGAAAUCGUCCGUAA